AUGAAAAUAAUCGAAAAAGAAAAAGCUCAUUGGCGGAAUGUUUUACUAAGAGUUCUUGCCGCAAUACAGUAUUUAGCUAAAAAUAAUGAUGCUUUCCGAGGAUGUUCAGAUGUUUUAUAUGAGAAAAAUAAUGGUAAAUUUUUAGGCAUUAUAGAAAUGUUGGCGAAAUUUGAUCCGGUCAUCUCUGAACAUGUACGUCGUAUUAAAGACAACGAAACGCAUGUUCAUUACCUUGGACAUAAUAUUCAAAACUCGUUGAUUUCCAUGAUGGCACAGGAGAUCGAUUUUGAAAAUGAAUCUAGCUGUUCUGAAAUAAAAGAAUAUUUCAUGGACUUUGUAAAUGUUAGCUCAACUACUGGAAUGGAUUUAUCAAAUAUUUUGAUUGACAAAUUGAAAGAGUAUGGUCUCAACAUACAUAACAUUCGAGGACAGGCUUACGAUAAUGGGGCAAAUAUGGCAGGUUUAUAUAAAGGUGUAAAGGCUCAUAUUUUAAAACAAAAUCCACGAGCAUUUUUUGUCCCGUGUUCAGCACAUAGUCUUAACCUCUGUCUCAAGGAUGCUGGAGGAAGUUCUUCUAUGGCUCAAUUAUUUUUUGGAAUGAUUGAAAGGAUUUAUGUUUUAUUUUCAGCAUCAAUAAACAGAUGGGAGAUUUUAAAGAAACAUUGUAAUAAGCUUUCUAUAAAAAWAAAUGGACAGAAACCCGAUGGAACAGUCGUGUAA